AUGGCUGCACUGGCUUGGAGCGUCCUGGUGACAGGGUCCAACCGGGGCAUUAGGCUGGAGCUUGUGAGGCAGCUUGCCACCUGCCCCCAGCCCCUCCAGCACAUAUUUGCCACCUGCCAUGAACCCAGGGGUCCAAGGGGGAAGGCCCUGCGAGAAUUAGCUGCCCAGCACCCCAGCAUCAAACUGGUCCAGCUAGAUUCAGAUAACAGCCCAAAUCUUUCAUUACACGCCACACUGCGCUCCCUGGAUUCACAGCAGAUGCUCUCUGUGUUUGCCACCAAUGUGGUUGGGCUGCUCCAGGUGGGCAAGAAAUUUCUGCCAUUCCUGGAGAAGGCAGCGAAGGAUGCAGGGAAGGAUGGGCUGAGCUGCAGCAGGGCUGUGGUCAUUAACAUCUCCACCAAAUUGGGCUUCAUUGGGUUGUGCCUCAGCGUGCCGCAGGCCCCAAUGUAUCCAUACCAUGCCAGCAAGGCUGCCCAGAACAUGGUAAUGAGGUGCAUGGCUGUGGAGCUCCAAGACAAGGAGAUCUUGUGCACAGCCCUCCAUCCUGGCUGGGUGAAGACCGACACGGGGACCGACAAGGCACCCCUGACGGUGGAUCACAGCGUGCGGGGCGUCCCGGCCGUGCUGGCCAGCCUUUCGCAGGACACCUCCGGCGCCUUCCUUGACUGGGAAGGCAACAGCCUGCCCUGGUGA